CGCGUCUUUCUCCGUCUCUCUCCUUUCCUUCUCUUGCCCUAAUCCGACAUCUCUUCGUCUUUCUGGAUAUUGUCUCAUUAUCUCUUCACUUCGUUCGAAUCCGCCGUUUUUCCGAUCGAUUUCGAACCUUUGGAACCCCCAAAGUUUCCGAAUUGCCUUCUCGAUCGGCGCUUCCUAUUGUUUCCUUGAGUAGUUUCGCAUCUGCCGUCUUGACUUGAUCGAGAUCCGUAAACUGUUUAGGAUUCAAUCUCUAUUGGAUCGAUCUCGGAGAUGGAUCCGAUGGACAUCGUCGGGAAGUCAAAAGACGACGUCUCGCUUCCUAAAGCAACCAUGUUUAAGAUUAUUAAAGAAAUGCUGCCACCUGAUGUUCGUGUAGCAAGAGAUGCUCAGGACCUUCUUGUUGAGUGUUGCGUAGAAUUCAUCAACCUUCUUUCUUCCGAGUCUAAUGAAGUCUGCAGUCGAGAGGAAAAAAGAACAAUUGCCCCUGAGCAUGUUCUCAAGGCUCUAGAGGUUCUCGGUUUUGGGGACUACAUUGAGGAUGUUUAUGCAGCAUACGAACAACAUAAGCUUGACACUUUGGACUCGCCAAAAGUUGGUAAAUUUGGAGGAUCAGAGAUGACCGAGGAAGAAGCAAUGGCAGCGCAGCAAAGGAUGUUUGCUGAGGCUCGUGCUAGAAUGAACAAUGGAGUUAGCGUGCAGAGGCAGUCAGACUCAGACCGCAGUUUAGACAGCUAAUAUUAAACCCCAGCAUUGUACAUUGUCUAUCAAGUGUUUUGGUCAUAGCUUCGAUGAAACUUGGUAUGUGCCUGUCUUUUGGAUUGCACUUCUGUGCUCCUAGUUAUGAACUUGGUAAAUUGGAUGCUCUCUCAGUACGUUCAGAUACACCAAGACAUGAACACUGCUUUUUUCAAAGUACAUAUAUGCAUGUAAUGUUCUGUUUUUUGCUCCAUUCUGGGAGCUUGGUGGACUUUCUUCUCCUUUUUCUCCA